AUGGUGGAGUCUAUUAGACAAUUUGGGAUUGGCAUGAAAGCACCUCGUUUUCAUGAGGUGCGAGUACCCUUAUUGAAUGAAGAAGUUGCUGAGGUGAAGGAUUCAUUAAAGUCCUAUGAAGAAGAAUGGGCAAAGUAUGGUUGCUCCAUAAUGGUAGAUGGUUGGACUGAUAAGAAACAAAUGACUUUAAUUAAUUUCUUGGUGAAUUCUCCAAAGGAAACUAUUUUUCUAGAAUCUAUUGAUGCUUCAGAGUACUCAAAAACUGGUGAUAAGAUGUAUGAGUUGCUUAAUAGAUUUGUGGAGCGUGUUGGAGAGGCUAACAUGGUUCAAGUUGUGACAGAUAAUGCUAGCAAUUGUGUGCUUACAGGGAAGUUGUUAGAAACAAAGCGCUCUCAUUUUUAUUGGACUCCUUGUACUGCCCAUUGCAUAGAUUUGAUGCUAGAAGAUAUUGGGAAAAUUCCCAACAUUCAUAACACAAUUAAAAGGGCAGUGACAUUGAAUAGAUAUAUUUACAUUCGGCCGAGUGUGGUGAACAUGUUGCAGCGCUUUACUGGUGAAAGAGAGCUAAUUAGGCCAGCUGUCACAAGAUUUGCAACUGCUUUUCUCACCCUUCAACGCAUACAUAAGCACAAGGCAAAUUUGAGAAAGAUGUUUACUUCAAAGGAAUGGACCAAUAGAAAGUGGGCAAAAGAAUUGUCUGGUAAGAAAGCAUGCAGUAUUGUCAUGAUGCCUACUUUUUGGACUAAGAUUAUUUAUUUCUUAAAGAUAUUUGGUCCAUUAGUCCGUGUGCUUAAACUAGUUGAUGGUGAGAAAAUGCCUGCAAUGGGAUAUAUUUAUGAGGCAAUGGAUAAAGCUAAAGAAGCAAUUACAAAGUCAUUUGGUGACAAUGAAGAAAAAUAUAGGACAAUUUUUGAGAUUAUUAAUAAAUGA